CACCAGGGGGAAAUAUUGGGUAACACUCCCACUAUGGGACUAUACGUGUGUGUGAUACAGCUGCUGUAAUAGAAGUUUAAGCGGGAUGCUCACAAACACAAAGUUCACCAUUUCUGUAAUCGUAGCUGCCAAUCAGAAAUGUGUUUGCAUUAGCAUAACUGCACCAGAGUGAAUCUACUAGUUGACUCCUAUGGGUCACUACUCAAAUACAAAUUUAGUCUGUAUUAAUGAAUCGGCACUUGUGCGUGACACAGCUAUGUGCUAUUCUCUGGGGCAGAUACUGACUAGAGGGUCACAUGAGAGGCACAGCUACCCCUUAGUCCUCCCAGCACAGCUCUCUCCAUGUCAGGAAUGUGACUGAUGUACAAGUGAGAGCAGGCCUGGACUGGCAAUAGGUCAGUUCGGGCAAUUGCCCGAAAGGCCGCAUUAUGGUUUGUCCAAGUGGGCCGCUUCUAAUCCUGAUUAGAAACUAUGCUGCAGCCGCAGCGUCUCUCACUAAUGACUUCCGGCUGUUUCUGGAAGGCAGCCUGACACAGUGGGACAAGCAGUCCGAAUAGUUAGCUUGGGGGAGGACAUUGUAUCUACUUAGCCAUCUCCCCCUCCUGCAGGCAGUGUGCGAUCAUUUCACUAUCGCUCUUGUGACCUGCUGCAGCUCCCGCCUCCCACCAAUACUAACUUCAAGAAGAGAUCCGCAGUCGGAAGAACAAGUGCGGGAGGGAGAGGCCUCUGAAUUUCUGUGCAGCUCUGGUGAGCCAACGAGGGGCGAAAGAAGGGUGGAUAAUGAGCAAUGUCAGGGUGUGGAGGAGGAGGAUGACGGAAGCAGCUAAUGCAGGAAGAAAAGGAAGAUGCAGAGAGCACAGAGCAAGUAUCCCAGUGGGGUGGCCUUGGUGGAUGUGUCUCUGCUGCGUCAAACCCAGCUGCGCUCUCUCAGUAAGUCUGACACCAAACUGCAUGAGAUCCAGCGACCCCGUCCAGGAUACCCCCAGCUCAGGCCAAUCAGUAUGGACCCUGUGUACCCUCCGUCCAAGUGGCAAGUCCCAUGUCCCAGAGCUGAUAAUGAUGACACUUACUCCAACCUGGCUUUUGCCCCUCAGCCACUCACGUUCAGUGGGUAUGAGACUGUGGGCUUCACAGUGGAGCCAAAUAGGCCAGCCAGUGGUGCUGCAGAGUAUGCCUGUAUACGGAAAGGGAACAAAAGUGGCGGUUCAGGAGUCCAGAAGCAGAACCGGGACCAGUGGCCCAUGGUUCCAUCCCCCUCCCCUGAGACAGAUGCUCUCAAACUGGAGGAGAUGUACUCUAAAGUGAACAAGAAGAAGAAGCCCAUGGACGUAUCAACCAGACAGGGGGCCACUGAGAAAGCUCCAGCCUUUGGCAUGACUGCUGGCAAUUCCCCCAAACGGGUUCUUUCUGCCCAAUCAGAGGAGGAGGACCUGUAUGAAAGCAUCAGUGAAAUGGACAGCUGUGCCCCAGAGUCUGAUGGAAAUGGCGAGGGGGAGUUAUCACAGAAUUUUAGCUUCCCCCACACUAAUACUGGGAGAAACUGCUGACUGGGGGCAGGAGUGGGGCCCCACCAGGCUUCUGACACAUGGAUUGCCAGCAUGAGAUGAGCACAUAUCAGGGGCGUAACUACAGAGGAAGCAGAUCCUGCGGCUGCAGGGGGGCCUAGGAGGUAUAGGGGAUCUCACAAGACCCUUAAUACAUGAGCAAUAUCAACACAUAUUGGUAAAACAGGACAACCUCUGGAUAUGUUGGGGGCCCUAAAAUGAAUGUGCUGUGGGGCCCAGUAUAAUCUAGUUAUGCCACUGGCACAUAUAAAAGCUUUAUUCAGGGAA